AUGAAGCUCGUAUCGGCUGCUGCGCGUCUUGCGAAGGGCGGCGCUGCUUCUGCUGCUGCUGCCGCAUCAUCCGGGAAGCACACUUGGCCAGCAUUCACGACCAGCUUUACCCACAGUUCGCCAUCGCCUCUCACGACCAAGCUUUCGUACGUCGAUACUGCGUCUGCCAUCAACACCCCGCACUACACACACGCUGCUGUGCUGCCAACCAUCCCACCUCAGGAACAGCGGUUUGCGCAAUCUGUGGUUGACAUUGUGCGCGCACACUACACGCGCGGAGCGAAUGCUGCCGAGGCAGCCCACAUGCGCAAGUACAUGCGUAGCUUGUUCCACUACUUUGGCUUGAAAUCGCCCCAACGCACGGCCCUCAGCUCCGCCAUUCUCACCGAGCUGGCAGAAAAGGCCAUCCAUCCGGCCUCGUUCGACGCCUCCGCCGCAACGAUUCGACUCUUGUUUGCCCAGCCCGAGCGCGAAUGCCACUACUUUGCCAUGAACUUCCUGCAGCAUUUUGUUGUCCAGCCCCACGUCAAGCUCCUGCGCUCGAAAAAGACUUCUGCAUCCGCGAACAAGGACACCAAGGACCCGACACCGGCAGUCGCGACGACGGGCUUGGACAUUCUCAACUUUACGAAAGAGAUUGCCCAGCUGCAUGCUUGGUGGGACACGAUCGACGGCCUUUCCACCACAGUCGUCGGAGAAGUGGUGAUGGCAAACCGCGACGAGCUCGAGCCGGUCAUGCGCGCCUGGAUUGCCGACGACUGCUUGUGGGUUCGUCGCAUGGCGCUUCUGCACCAGCUGCAGUACAAGGAGAAGACCAACGAGGACUUGCUGUUCACCUUCGUCCUCGCGCGACACGACGAAACGGACUUUUUCAUCCAGAAGGCCAUGGGUUGGGCGCUUCGGCAGCAUGCACGCGUUCGUCCGUCCGUUGUUCGCGCAUUUGUUCGCAACUUUCGCCACGUCCUGCCUCGUCUGACUCAAAAGGAGGCCAUGAAGCAUUUGUAG